AUGCUGUGGCUACUCACAGCAUUGAGUGCUCUUGUCGCCCCUUCAGCCGUUGCCGCGGUUACCGGGGCUGACGUCAGCUCGGUUGCAGAAGCAGCGGGAGCAGUGGCGGGGACAGCUGGCGAUGGCUCAUUGGCGAGUCUGAGUCAGCUUCUGCUACUUGGCGCGCUCUCAUUGGCCGACGAGCCCUCCAACGCGCUGUCGCUGCCCACGUGGAUCAUCCACGUGGCGAGCGUGGUCGAAUGGGUGGUGGCCAUGGCGCUGGUUUGGCAGUACGGAGCAGCGGAGAGCAGGCGGGCAUGGAGGGGCCUCGCAUGGGCCAUGGUGCCGCUGCUCAUGGGCGCCAUGUGUGCCUGCACAUGGCAUUUCUUCUACAACUCGCCGCAGCUAGAGGUUCUUGUGGUGCUGCAGUCCCUCAUGACCCUCCUUGGGAACUGCACCGUCUGCUUUGCUGCCUUUCGCAUUUACAAGGCAUCCACCAAGACUGCUCCGUAG